AUGACCCGCAUGGGAUUCGAUCUGAACGUCGCGCCAAAGAUCUUGGACAUGAUUGUCCAAUGGAUUACCCGUGAUCACGCCGACGUUGACAACUAUGUGGACGACCUCUACGUCCCUACUGCCCAGACCGACAUCGUCCGCCAUGAACUCGCCAGCUAUGGGCUUGAGACGAAAGAGCCAGAGCAGUACGCAACUGCUCGUGUGUUGGGCCUACAGCUGUCCUCUUCUGAUGUCGAAGAUACAGUCACGUGGGAACGUCGUGCUGGUGUUGACCUCAAGUUGCCAGAGUCACCAACUCGUCGUCAAGUGUUCAGUUGGUGUGGCCGUGUGAUUAGUCACUACCCGGUAUGUUCCUGGUUACGCCCGCUGUGCAACUACAUCAAGCGGCUUGUCGGCGAGAACACAUCGAAAUGGGAUGACCUCGUACCGCCUCAUCUCGUGCAACCAUGUCGUGAGGUCGAGUCUCGUGUCCGUCAAGACGAUCCUGUGCAUGGUGUCUGGUCUGUGCCCUGUGAUGACACCACAGUGUGGCACGUUUGGUGCGAUGCUUCUGGCCUGGCCAUGGGUGCGGUUCUGGAAGUCAACGGCGCUAUCGUCGAAGACAAGUCCUGGCUCAGACCUUCCGAUGAUAAGCGUCAUAUCAACAUAGCAGAGUUAGACGCCGUCAUCAAGUCGCUCAACCUCGCUCUGUGUUGGCCAGUGAAGAACGUGGUCUUGCACACUGAUUCGCGUACAGUCCAUGGCUGGUUGACGCAGUUGCUGAACAACAUUCGUCGUGUUAAAGUGAGUGGCCUUCACGCUACGUUGGUUCAGCGUCGUUUGCAGAUCAUCGACGAUUUGAUCACUGUAUCUGGCAUUACAGUUGACGUUGAAUGGGUCCGCUCAGAGGACAAUAUUUCGGAUCAGCUAACCCGUGUCCCUACCUGGUUCCGUGUGCCGGACAGUCCUAAGAAGCCACAGCCUGAUGUUGCAGCAGCCAGUGUUACCGUUCGUGCUCUCCCACCUCUUGCUAUGGGUGACAUCGCCACUGCCCAAGUUGCCGACGAGGCGAUCUCGUCCGUUAAGGCCCAGCUUCUCUCCGGUGAACCGAUUCCCAACUCCAGCUACAGCAGAGUCCGAACCCAGCUGGUGAUUGAGGAUGAUGUGCUGUUUCGCAGCGUGAAAUCGCCUCUCAACGAUGUUGAGCUUGUGCCUGCCCUUCCCCAGAGUCUUACUGCCGAUGCACUUGCAGUCGCCCAUACUGUGAGUGGUCACGCCGGUUGGGAAAGUAUGUGGCGUCUACUCCGUAGCCAAUGCUAUUUCCCUGGUAUGGCACAGCGCUGCCGUGACUACGUGUCAGAGUGCACUACCUGCCGUGCGGCAAAUCCUGCUCAACCUUGUCUACCGCAACCAACGCGACCUGUAACUCCCGAUGGUCCCUGGCGUGUUGUGCAAAUUGACACGCUCGAGCUUGGUACCAACAAGUCUGGCCGAUAUCACUGCGUUCUUGUCUGCAUUGACACCUUCACCAAGUGGGUGGAGGUCGUCCCACUUGUUCGCCAUGAUGCUGAGUCUGUCGCCGAUGCAUUUGUUAGUGUCUGCACUCGGUGGGGUCCUCCCCAUGUUAUCCGCUCCGACAACGGCACCGAGCUUCACAAUGCCCUGAUGUCAUCCCUCUACAAGGUAUUUGGGGUCAACGUGUGUUUUGGCGCAGUUCGCCACCCCCAAUCGCAAGGUGCCGCAGAACGGUUCAACCAAACGCUGUUGACCUUGGUGCGGAAGGUCCUCGACGAGUCCAGUGAUUGGCAGGUUGACCUAGCUAUGCUCCUGUACUUCUACCGCAACAGGCCCCACAGUGUCACCGGUGUCUCACCUAUGCAAGCAAUGGUUGGCUGGCAGCCCCGCAGUCUCGUGGUGGAUGCUACCCCAACAGAUUGGUCGUUUCCCCGCUGGACGGAGGAAAUACAGCGUCGCGCCUCAGCCAUGUACGAUCUCCUGGAAUCAGAGUUGUCGUCCUGCGAUUUUGUCGAGGAGCCAACUCAAGCGUUCUCGGCUGGAGAGUCUGUUCUCUUCCGCCGUCCACACCGGCACCAGAAACGACUCCCCGAAUUCGAAGAAGGUUGGAUCGUCAAGCGAGUCGUUGGUCCCUCAACUGUCGUGAUUGGCCGUGGCACAUAA